GGAAGAGCGUAACAUUUUGACGUUUGCGUCCACGAGCACCUGCAACAGCUCGAGCUUAGUUUGUAGCUAACCCCCGUGCAGCCCUGUUAAAUAUUCUGGCUCAGUUAAUUUCAGGUCAUUUGAGCACCAGCUGUGAUGGACCGCUGGAGGGGCAGAGUGGCUCUGGUGACCGGAGCUUCGGUGGGGAUUGGUGCCGCCAUAGCUAAGGAGCUGGUCCGGCAGGGCAUGACGGUGGUGGGCUGUGCUAGGGACCUGGAAAAACUACAGAACCUGGCUGCUGAGUGUAAAAGUGCUGGCCACAGCGGUGUUUUUGUGCCUUUCAAGUGUGACUUGAGCAAAGAGGAGGAGAUUCUGUCCAUGUUUUCUGCCAUCAAAGCUCAGCACAAAGGUGUGGAUGUGUGCAUCAACAACGCUGGCCUGGGUCAUCCAGAACCGCUGUUACACGGGAAAACUAGCGGCUGGAAGAACAUGCUGGAUGUGAAUGUUCUUGGACUGUCUAUUUGCACACGUGAAGCCUAUCAGUCAAUGAAAGAAAGAAAUAUCGAUGAUGGGCAUAUAAUACACAUAAACAGCAUGAGUGGACACCGUGUGGUUCGACAUCCUGACGCACAUUUCUACAGUGCCACAAAGUACGCGGUGACAGCCCUGACAGAAGGUUUGAGACAGGAGCUACGCGAGGCCAAAACUCACAUCAAAGCAACGUGUAUUUCUCCAGGUGUAGUGGAGACUGAGUUUUUUCAACGUUUCUACAGUGACAAUCCUGAAAAAGCUGCUGCUACUCUAUCUAAUCUAAAGGCUUUGCAAGCUGUUGAUCUUGCAAAUGCAGUUACAUAUGUGCUGAGUGCCCCUUCACAUGUGCAGAUUGGAGACGUUCAGAUGCGAUCUACAGAGCAGGUGUCCUAGGAUUGCAUUAUGUCAGGGCAGACAUUUUCUUCAUUUGACAAAUUUUUUUACAUCUAUGAAAUUUAUAACUAAUUUUGAUAUGUGUACUGUAAUACAGAUUAAAAUCUGAUAUGAGUUUAAAUCUGCACUUGACAUCUGACUUGAUCUGUUCUCUUUCAUGUCUGAAACUUUACUGGAUGUAAGUAAGGUGAAAAGAAAAGAUGAAAUAAAAGGGUGAGCUCAA